AUGGGCUCUCGCCGUCAAGUUCCCGGCACUGGUGCAGUGUGUUUGCUCGCUUUCCUUUUACGAGCGUGCAACGAGAUUGUCACUUGCGUACAAAUCGGGACUUGGAGACUUCAUCCCGUCUCAAGUGCCAUGAUGUUCAAGCCGUCUCCACAGCUUUGUGCCCGUCUCCGGUUCACUACCAAAGAUGUUGGCAAGGGUUUCUAUCGAGGCAACCGGACGGGGUCCAUGGGUUCGCAUACCGAGUUUGGAGGCUACGUGGUGGACUGGCGCAAAACGCCGCACUACAAUGCUCCCAAUACGCAGGACUUUCCGCUCACGCCAUUUGUGACCCUGGAGAUGGAACGCACGACUCGAGUCAUUGAACGGGCCGAUGGGACCUCUUAUACUCCAGAUAAAGUGGACGGAAUGGAAUUCCUGAGACAAUGGGCUAGACUCAACCCGGCGGAGUAUGAACCUGUGGUGGAGCACCAAAGAGCAGAGAGGCAGACUCAAGCAGAAUGGCUCAGCCUGCCUGAAGAGGAGCGGACGCGCAUAGAAGCAGAGAGGGAGGAGUCAAGGCGUCAAGAGAUGAUUGAGGAAGAGGCGAGACAACUAGAAAUCGUGAUGGAAAACAAGGAACGACGGAUCGCCCAAGAGGAAGAAGACAGACGGUGGCGGGCUGAGCGCGAACAAGAGAGACAACUGCAGGCACGAGAAGAGCAGGCUCGACUAGCUGCCGAGGAGGAAGAGCGGCGGUUACAGGCUGAAGAGGAGGAGCUGAGACGACAGGCAGCUGAGCAGAGGCUGCGAACAGAAUUAAAAUCAAUACGUGAAACAACAAGACAGGAGGUGGAACGAACACUUGCCGAAGAAGGUCAUCGGCGGAAGAAUGAAGGCCUACCGCCAAUGAACAGGGCCCAGAAGAGGAUAAUGAAGGCCGAAAUCUUCGCGGCAGCGCUGCGCCUGGCCGGGUUGGAUGGAGAGGUUCGGUCUCUGCCACGCGAAGAACAACUGAAGCUUUUAAGCAAGGAAGAGAUUGCACGGCUACAUGUUGAGGGCACGAGCCAACAAAACCGUCCACAGAAGCUAUCAAUUUGA